GCUUGUAUUUAUAAAUUGCUGUUGCUCAUUCAUUGCGGUUCUGGUGUGUUCGAGAAUGGCAUCCUUCUCUGUAUCUUGCCCCAAGUCUUCUGCAUUUGCUGUAUGCGGAUCGCAACUGCAGAAAACACAGCAGUCAAAGAUCUCGUUCCUUCCUGCUUCAACAUCAAGUCCACCAUCGUCGUCAUUGCUAGCUGGAUCUUCGGUGACUCUGAGACGUCAGGGGCCUUGGCGGAGACGAUCAGCUGUUUGCAAGGUUGCCAUAUCAAAUUCAGCUCCAGUACUCGAGACCAAGUUGGAAGUUCCAUCAUCUGGGGCAACAGAUGAACCAGGAGAAUCUGCUACCCAAAACGCAGUCCCAGAUGCAUCAUUCAUUUCAGCAUUCAUGACUCAAGUUUCUGACCUUGUGAAGCUUGUUGAUUCACGAGAUAUUAUGGAGCUUCAUCUGAAGCAACAGGAUUGCGAGCUCAUAAUAAGGAAAAAAGAAGCUUUUCCACAGCCUCCAGCUGCACCUGCUGUUGUCAUGACACAACCAGCUUCACCUCAAUAUAUGCCAUCUCAACUUCCAGCAGCUCAGUCUUCUGUCCCCACCUCUCCUGCUCCAGUAGCUCCAGCUUUGGCAGCCCCAGCCCUACCUUCUCCUGCAAAGCUGAGCAAGCCGUUGCACCCACCUAUGAAAUGCCCCAUGGCUGGAACCUUCUAUCGGUCUCCUGCACCUGGUGAACCAUCAUUUGUGAAGGUUGGAGAUAAGGUCAAGAAAGGCCAGGUUGUCUGCAUUAUUGAGGCCAUGAAACUGAUGAAUGAGAUUGAAGCUGAUCAAUCAGGAACCAUAGUUGAGAUACUCGGCCAGGAUGGAAAACCAGUUAGUAUGGAUACGCCUCUAUUCGUCAUUGCUCCUUGAAUUAGGUGAAGCCUCGUUGAGUUUAGAGUUUAUGUUUAA